UUCUUUGGCUGCGCCAGCCUCUUAAGCCGCCCGCUCAGGAAGGAGGAGGAGCUGAGCUUCGGAGCAGCGGCGGAGAGCAGGCGAGGCGCAUCAGCUCCGGUUUUCGGUUUGCAGCUCCGGUUUUCGGUUUGCCAAAGCCGCGAGAUGGGCAGCGGCGGGACCAAGAAGGUGGCGGUGGUUCUAGGCGGUCUGGGCUUGGCGGCGUUGGCGGGCCUCCUGCUCCUCUGCCUGCCAACCAAGGACCUGCGGGAGCCUCCCGCUUUCAAGUAUGGAAUUGUCUUGGAUGCCGGGUCUUCCCACACUGCCAUGUUCGUGUACAAGUGGCCUGCGGACAAGGAGAAUGACACCGGGAUCGUUAGUCAGCACAGCAUGUGCGAUGUAGAAGGUGGUGGCAUCUCCAGCUACAUUGCAGACCCCUCAGCAGCUGGACGGAGCUUGCAGGCGUGUCUUGACCAGGCCCAGCAUGAUGUUCCGAAGGAGAGGCAUGCAGCCACCCCUCUGUACCUGGGAGCCACGGCCGGCAUGCGACUGCUCAAUCUCACUGACCCCGAGGCUUCGGACAGGGUCCUUGCAGCUGUGAGCUCCACUAUGAAGCAGUACCCCUUUGACUUCCGUGGAGCGAAGAUCCUGAGCGGAGAGGAUGAGGGUGUGUUUGGCUGGGUCACAGCUAACUACCUCCUGGAGAACUUCAUCAAGUACGGAUGGAUUGGACAGUGGGUCCAUCCCAAGAAGAAGACCGUGGGCGCCAUGGACCUGGGAGGAGCUUCCACCCAAAUCACCUUUGAGACACCACAGUUUAUCGAGACACCUGCCAACGAGGUGAUGCUGCGGCUGUACGGACAGACCUACAAGGUCUACACACACAGUUUCCUCUGCUAUGGCAGGGACCAGAUCCUGAAGAGGCUUCUGUCCAAGGUGCUGAAGGCCGAAAGGUAUGUUCUCCAGGUGAGCAACCCCUGCUGGCCCACAGGAUACUGGAAGAACUUCACAGCGGCGACCAUCUAUGACUCGCCAUGCACUGAAGCGGAGAAGCCGACCAGCUACUUCCCCACCGCUAUCGUCAACAUGAGCGGCUCUGGAAAUGCAGCCAAGUGCCAGCAGCACGUGGAGAGCCUCUUCCAGUUUACUCCGUGCCACUAUUCCCACUGCUCCUUUGACCAAGUCUUCCAGCCAAGUGUCACAGGGAACUUUAUCGCCUUCUCUGCCUUCUUCUACACUAUGGACUUCAUCCAGUCGCAAAUGAAGAGACAUGUGGCCACCCCAAGUGACCUGGAGCAGGCUGCUAACGAAAUAUGCAGCGCAACUUGGUCCGAGCUUCUUGAGAAAGCACCAGGCCAAGAGAAGAGGCUUCCCGAUUACUGUUCAGCGACCACCUUCAUCUACCUCAUCCUCACCCGGGGCUACAAAUUUGACAACAGCACCUUCCCCAACAUCGCCUUUCAAAAAAAGGCUGGGGACACAUCCAUCGGCUGGGCCCUGGGAUACAUGCUGAACCUCACCAACAUGAUUCCGGCCGAGGAGACCGGCUUCUGGAAGGGCACAGCGUAUGGCCCCUGGGUUGGCGUGGUCCUCCUCUUUGUUGCCAUCAUCCUGGUCACUGUGGCAAGCAUCUUCUGUCUGCUGAGAUCCACCAGGGGACGGGGAAUGAUGUAAAGGGCAGUCCUGAGCAGGUGGGAGCCCAGUACGGUGGGGUUUAUGUGAAGAUGGCGGGUCUUCCUGGGCCACAUCCAAUGUCCAGCCUGACCCUAUGGCUUGUUGGCUUGGAUCCCCUGUGGAGAUCAGAACCCAUUCCUCACAUGCCCCACACCCCAAACCACAACUACAGCCUAGAGGGAGAGGAGAUGGAGAGUGAUGCUGGACAAAGGAACUGUUCAUCUGAGGCUUGUGACGAAGCCCUUGUUUGCAUCCAAGAGUGCUGCAGUCUGAACGAUCGACUUCCCUCAUUUCCUUCCAUUGUUGAAGAGCCAGUGAAAAUCACAAGGAGUGGUUGUGGUUGUUCUUGUUUUCUUUUCAUAAGGACUCCAGCUCAAAGCAAGGUUUUUCUGGACUUCCACCCACUCCUCUGCUCUGCUUGCAUAUCUGUUACUUAUUGAAGCUCAGGGACUUAUUGAAUCUGCCAUGAAUGCUUUGUUCUUGGUGAGGCUCCAGCCCUGGCAAGAAAUGUUGGGUGGGGGGAUAGCUCAACUUUUUGCAUUACAAAUAGACCAGUGUGGCUGAAAUCUGGCACUGUGGAUAAGCACCAGGUGUGGCAUAAUUUGCACCAGUGAUGUGGGCACCUGUGGUUCUGUUUUCUUUGAGCUCCCCCCGGGCCACCUUACCAUUGAGCAAAGCGAGGCAGCAGGUGCGGGGGGCUGAGAGGCAGCAGAGAGACCUGCGUGCAGCUCAGCGGUAGAGCCUUCUUUACAUGCAGAAGGUUCAGUCCUUGGUUACACCUCCAUAUAGGACUGGGAAUGUCCCCUGCCUGAACCCCUGCUGUCAGUCAGUGUGGACAAGGCUGAGCUAAGUGGAUCAGUGACCUGACUCAAUAGAAGGUCGCUUUCUAAGUUAUUGGCCCCUGAGCCAACUUGCUGCCCAUGGGAGCUUUGGAGAAUGCUGCCAUGGUUGAAGUAAGAUGGGACAGCCACUCUAGUCAACUAUCCAGGAGUGGGAUCUCUCGCCUUUUACCUCAGGCAGCAAAAUGUCUGCCCCCCACCUGACUUCUUAAAGCUUCUUAUGGUGGUCUGCUAACAUUGCAUUCAAGAGUGUCAUCCAAAAUUAAACACCAAAGACAAAUCUUGAAUUUGAAGCCUACCCAUAGUAGAGACUUCAAACUGGUUUAGUCUUCAGUCCUGAACAGUACUCACUUACCUGGGCAUAAGCUCCACUGAACUUAGUGGGACUUGCUUCUGCGUAAAUGUGGGUAGCAGGAAUGCACCACUGAUUUUUUAAAACAACUAUUAUUGUUAUUGUUAUUUGCUUGCUUUCCUGGAAACUCUGAACUGUGCAGAUGGAGGUGAAAGUGGGUUGAAGGUCUCUGAAGGAGGAGCUGCAAUUCCAGGAGAAGGAGAUCACUAUGUUUUUCAUGAAAAAUUGCUCCGCCAAUAUUCCAGGUGGGGCAACUGGGAAAUUGCAUUUAAAUAUACUGUACUAACUUGAUUUGAAAUAAUUUGAUGAGGGGUGGAGAGAGAAAACAUCAAAUUUGCCCCCACAUGUGGCUCAUUUAUUCCAGGAUCCUGGUCUCACAGUGGCUAACUGGACCUUGGUGCAAAACAGGCAAGCUUUCAUUGGUUUCUUCUCCUUAGCAUAUUCUGCACUCUUAAAACAAAAUGCAGCUGUAUGUGUGUGUGAUAUAUUCCAUCUGUUUUCCUUUUAAAGAAAGACACUGCACGUCUUAAAAAACCACACAAAUAAAAACAUCUCAUGGAUACCAACAUUUGGCGUGCUCAGCUGAGGAGUUAGUUAUUGAUCAUUGUGAGCCCCUGGUUUGCCUCCAAGCAGAGACUUCAGCAUCAGGAGAGUGGCAAAAUAUUUUCUACCAUUAGAAUCCAUUGCUUUUAGGGCUGGUUUCCAGACAGAUUCACUGGUGUUGUGGAAGAAGGAGCCUGUCAAUUUCAGUUGCUCCCCAUUUCUCAUUCCCUUCAUUAUGUUGAAUUUGCUCCAUUUUUGCAUGUUUGUGAUUUGUUUAUUAAAAAACACAUUAAAAAUUCA